UCUACCGCGCCCCGCGGCGGCCGUGCGCCACACAACCAACGCCAAGGGCCACGCCACCGCGCCUCGAAACCAGACCGGCCGGGACACCAUCGGACAUGGCACCACCGCGCCGCGCGCGCGCCCUCGCCUGCGUCCUCCACCUGCUGCUCGCGGUCGCGCUGCUCCCCUGCUGCUGCCUCCCGCACCGCGCGGCCGCGCAGUCCCCGCCGGCGGCGGGCGACGCGCGGGCGCUGCUCGAGAUGAAGCGCGCGUGGGGCGACCCGCCCGUGCUCGCCGGGUGGGACGCCGCGGGCGCGGGCGCGCCCUGCAGCUGGCCGUUCGUCGGGUGCGACGCGGCCGGGCGGGUCGCGAACCUCACCCUCGCCAACACCAACGUCGCGGGGCCCUUCUCGGACGCCGUCGGCAACCUCUCCGCCCUCGAGCACCUCGACGCCUCCAACAACGCCAUCUCCGGCGGGUUCCCGGCCGCGCUCUACCGCUGCGCCUCGCUGCGGUACCUCAACCUUUCCCAGAACUACCUCGGCGGGGUGCUCCCGGCGGACAUCGGCCGCGGCCUGGUGCAGAACCUGACCACGCUCGACCUCAACGGCAAUGAGUUCAACGGCACCAUCCCGGCGUCGCUAUCCAGGCUCCGGAACCUCCAGUUUCUCGCGCUGAACAGCAACCGGUUCGCCGGUACCAUCCCGGCGGAGCUCGGCGAGCUGGCGAGCCUUCAGGAUCUGUACCUGGCAAACAACCGGUUCGAUGCAGGCCAGCUGCCGGCGUCGUUCAAGAAUCUGAACAACCUGGUCAGCCUCUGGGCGACGCAGUGCAACCUCACCGGCGACUUCCCGAACUUUGUUUGGAGCCUCAAGAAGCUGCAAGGAUUGUCUCUAUACACCAACAACUUCACCGGCGACCUGGUAACUGAUGGAUUUGCUGCUUGGAGCUUGACACUAAUCGACCUCUCAAUGAACCAGAUUGCUGGAUUUAUCCCGGAAGUGUUCGGGAGAUUGGAGAACCUCACAGUUUUGAGCCUCUUCCAGAACAACUUCUCCGGCGAGAUACCGGCAAGCAUCGGCCUGUUGCCGUCACUGACAAAGCUGAGGCUCUACUCUAACAGGCUCAGCGGCACGCUUCCACCAGAGCUCGGGAAGCACUCGCCAGGCCUGUCUCGUAUUGAGGCUGACGACAACGAGCUCACCGGCGGCAUCCCGGAGGGGCUGUGUGCCGGAGGCAAGUUCCAGUCGCUCACCGCCAAGCGCAACCACUUGAACGGCUCCAUCCCCGCGGGCCUGGCCAACUGCACUACUCUGUACAGCCUGCAGCUAGAUAGUAACAACCUGUCCGGUGAGGUGCCCCAGGCUCUGUGGACGGUGGCGCAGCUCCAGUACGUGCAGCUACCGAACAACCAGCUCACUGGGAGUCUUCCAGCCACCAUGUACGGUAACCUCAAGAGGUUGCUCAUUGGGAACAACCAGUUCGUCGGCAACAUUCCGGCUGCAGCAGUUGAGCUCCAGGAGUUCACCGCCGAGAACAACCGGUUUUCCGGUGCGAUACCGGCGAGUCUCGGCGACGGCAUGCCGCUGCUGCUGACACUGAACCUGUCCGGCAACCAACUCUCCGAUGGGAUCCCGAAGAGCCUUGCGAAGCUAAGCAAGCUGACGCAAAUGGACCUGAGCAGGAACCAGCUCACCGGCGAGAUACCAGCAGAGCUGGGCGCCAUUCCGGUGCUCAGUGUCCUGUACCUGUCGUCGAACAAGCUCUCCGGCAACGUACCACAGGCGCUCGUGAAGCCGCAGCUCAGCUCCCUGAACCUGUCCUCGAACCAGCUUAGCGGCCAGGUCCCCGCCGUGUUCGCCACCGCGGUCUACGACAACAGCUUCCUCGACAACCCCGGCCUCUGCACGGCGGCUGUGGGAUCCGGCUACCUCACCGGCGUUCGCUCCUGCGCCGGCGGAUCGCAAGACGGCGGAGGCGUCUCGCAUGGGCUCCGCACGGGCCUCCUCGUCGCCGGCACGGCGCUCCUCCUCGUCGCCGCGGCCUUCGCCUUCUUCGUCGUCCGCGACAUCAAGAAGCGGCGGCGCGUCGCGCAGCAAGACAACUGGAAGAUCACGCCUUUCGUUAAGGAUCUGGGGUUCGGGGAGGCGUCCAUACUCCGGGGCCUGUUGGAGGAGAACCUCAUCGGCCGCGGGGGCUCCGGGCGCGUGUACCGCGUCACCUACACCAACCGGCUCAACGGCAGAGCCGGCGCGGUGGCCGUGAAGCAAAUACGCACCGCCGCGCAGCUGGAGGAGAAGCUGGAGCGCGAGUUCAAGUCGGAGGCUGGCAUCCUCGGCAACCUCCGGCACAACAACAUCGUCAGGCUGCUCUGCUUCCUGUCCAGCGCCGACUCCAAGCUCCUCGUGUACGACUACAUGGAGAACGGCAGCCUGGACAGGUGGCUCCACGGCGACGCCCUCGCCGCCGCCGGCGGGCACCCCGUGGCGAGGGCGCGGUCCGCGCGGCGCGAGCCGCUGGACUGGGCGACGAGGCUCAAGGUGGCCGUCGGCGCCGCGCAAGGGCUGUGCUACAUGCACCACGAGUGCGAGCCCCUCAUUGUGCACCGCGACGUCAAGUCGAGCAACAUCCUGCUGGACUCGGAGUUCCGGGCCAAGGUCGCCGACUUCGGGCUGGCCAGGAUGCUGGCGCAGGCCGGGGCGCCGGAAACCAUGUCCGGCGUCGCGGGCUCGUUCGGCUACAUGGCUCCAGAGUGUGCUCUCACCAAGAAGGUAAACGAGAAGGUUGACGUCUACAGCUUUGGCGUCGUUCUCCUGGAGCUCACCACCGGCAGAGAGGCCAACGACGGCGGCGAGCACGGCAACCUGGCGGAAUGGGCACGGCACCAGUACCAGUCAGGGGGGAGCAUCCCCGAUGCCAUGGACAAGAGCAUCAGAUACGCCGGGUACUCUGACGAGAUCGAGGUUGUGUUCAGGCUAGGCGUGCUGUGCACCGCCGAUUUGCCGUCGUCGCGGCCAACCAUGAACGACGUGCUGCAGAUCUUGGUCAAGUGCAGCGAGCAGACGCACCACAAGAGCAAAACGGAGCGUGGCCCGGAGUAUGAGGAGGCUCCACUACUGCUGCCCAAGCACGAAAGCCGCCGGAAACAGCUCUCGAACGGCUCGGGGAUUGACAUGGACGAGAAGAGCGACUUCGACAGCAUUGUCUGAAGAAACGAACCCACCACUGCACAUGCUACUAUGCUAGUUUCAGUGAACGGCUGUUGUAGUGAUAUACUUGAGUUAGCACAUUGUACAGCAGAGAAUUAUGCACCCAAUCCCCAACUGGGUACAGGGAUAGUAUAGAGCAGGUCUUGUGGCAGACCAAAACGUUCGGUGUGUUUCGCACUGCAAAUUAACUUGUAUUAAAUCACACAUAUAGUAGACCGAUCAAACAGAAGAACUAG